UUUUUUUUUUUUUAUGUUACUUCCCCUUCAGGUUCAGAUUCUGGAAGUUCAUCUGGCGGUGAAUCUGAUACUGCAAAACCUCUCAUUCCUGCUAGUGCUACGAAGGGCAUGAUGAGUGCUGGAACAAGUCCUGACCAAAUGAUUCAGAGUGCUGGAGUUCGACCUUUAAAUGGGUUGAGUCAAAUUGAGCUUGAUUCUCAGGGUAGGCUCAAUGCUGUCGAGGAAGAUGGCCAUCAAGAGGGGGAGAGUGCUCCAUCUGAGAGGCAAGCCUCCCCCAAAAAGCUCUAUCGGGCUGCUCUAUUGAGGAGCCGCUUUGCAGACACCAUACUUAAAGCUCGAGAAAAGGCACUUGAGAAGGGUGAAAAGCGGGAUCCUGAGAAACUGAGAUUGGAGAGAGAGGAGCUAGAAAGGCGGCAAAAAGAAGAAAAGACAAGGUUGCAAGCAGAGGCCAAAGCUGCUGAAGAGGCUAGAAGAAAAGCUGAGGCUGAGGCUGCAGCUGAAGCUAAAAGGCAGAGAGAACUGGAGAGAGAAGCUGCGCGUCAGGCAUUGCAAAAGAUGGAAAAGACUGUGGAUAUCAAUGGAAACAGUCAGUUUAUGGAAGAUCUAGAAAUGCUUAGGACUGCUAACGAUGACCUUUUACCAAGUUUUGUGGAAGAGAGAAGCCCCGAUGAUUCUGAGAAUGGGUUAGGUAGUUUUAAACUCCAGGGAAGUAGUAACCCUCUGGAACAGCUAGGACUAUACAUCAAAGCAGAUGAGGAAGAGGAAGAGGAGGAAGUAGGUGAACCACCCAAGAGUCCACCAGAGCCUAUGAAUGAUAUAGAAGAAGGUGAAAUUGAUUGACGGCAAUUCUUUUUCCCAUACAGUAAUGGUUGUGGCACUCGAGGACUGUGUAAAUUGCGAGGAAGAAAGCAUUUAGAUGUGCCAUGUCUUCUUGAUGCGCUGUGUUUUGGUUGUGUGGGCUAUUUGUGAUGAACUGCAACUAGAGCUUGAGAAGAGAAAAAUGAGAUGGGAUUUUCAGAAGCGUGAUAAUGCUGUUGGGAUGCUGGGAUCAAAUGGUGCUUGGAUCCUACGUAACGUGUUAAAUUGAGUGUGGUGCCAUUUUACAUCAAGUUUCCAGCUGCAGUCUGGGAAUGGAAGAGUAGUGAAAACAUUCUCCUUGCUUCUGUUAACUCUGGAGGCUGUGCCAUGCAAAAGAGUUUUGAUGAGAGUAAUUUCUUUUUCAUCAUUUUUUCUUCGUUUCUAUUCUGGGUUGGGUGGUUGUACAUGUCAUCAUAAUUUUAGGGUCAGUCACCAAAUGUAAAGUAACCAGGAUUAGAUUGUAAUGCCAUUUUGAAGCUCCAUCAACCCCAUCAUGUUGGGUUUUCUUUA